AUGCCAGUUCCAAUCGAAUUCUCAGCGGAUGACACAGUAAACAUAUUGGUGUUUGAUGAACUGGAUUACGACCGAUUUGAAAUGGUUCGUUCCAAGGGAGAGAUUGUAAUUAACGUUGCAUCGAGUGGUAUAGCAUCAUUAUUGCUCCCCGGUGGAAGAACAGCUCAUUCUCGAUUCGGACUACCCAUAAAUGUACACGAGAGUUCCACCUGUAGCAUAUCGCAACAAAGUCCACAGACGGAGUUGUUCAUAAGGGCAAAGCUUAUUAUAUGGGACGGGGCUCCUAUGAUGCAUAGAUACUGUUUUGAAGCGCUUGACAAGACAAUGAAGUCAAUAUUACAGGUUGACAAACUCUUUGGUGGUAAGGUGGUUGUUCUUAGAAGAGAUUUUAGGCAGAUUUUACCAGUUGUGCUCAAAGCAUCAAGGCAGGACAUAGUUGGUAGUGAGGAUGUUGGGGAACAAAAUCAUGGUGAAGCUUCGAUAGUGAUUCCCGAUGACAUGUUGAUUGGUGAUUCAGAAGAUCCAUUCAGAGACCUACUGGAAUUCGUUUACCCGGAUUGUUGA